AUGGCCAACGUUCCCAGCAUCAAGCUCAGCAGCGGUGCCGACAUGCCCCAGGUGGGCUUCGGUCUCUGGAAGGUCGGCACUGAUAUCGCCGCCGAUACCGUCUACAACGCCAUCAAGGCCGGCUACCGCCUCUUCGACGGCGCUUGCGACUACGGCAACGAGACUGAGUGCGGACAGGGCGUCGCCCGCGCCAUCGCCGACGGCCUCGUGAAGCGUGAGGAGCUCUUCAUCGUUUCCAAGCUCUGGAACACCUUCCACGACGGCGAGAGGGUCGAGCCUAUCGUCAAGAAGCAGCUCGCCGACUGGGGUGUUGACUACUUCGACCUCUACCUCAUCCACUUCCCCGUCGCCCUCGACCAGAUCAAGAACUCCAAGGCUAGCAUCCAGGAGACCUGGACCGCCAUGGAGGGCCUCGUCGAGAAGGGCCUCGCCAAGAGCAUCGGUGUCUCCAACUUCCAGGGCCAGCUCCUCUACGAUCUCCUCCGCUAUGCCAAGAUCAGGCCUGCCACCCUCCAGAUCGAGCACCACCCUUACCUCGUCCAGCAGGAGCUCCUCAACCUUGCCAAGGCCGAGGGCAUCCUCCUCCGAUGGGCCACCCAGCGCGGCCUUGCCAUCAUUCCCAAGACCACCCGUCCCGCUCUCAUGACCGCCAACCUCGAGUCCACCAACUUUGACCUCGCUAGCGAGGACCUCGAGGCCAUUAGCGGUCUCGACAGGAACCUCCGCUUCAACCAGCCCUCCAACUACUUCUCCACCGACGCCCUCUGGAUCUUCGGUUAA